AUUUACUGGAUAGUUCUGAUCAGUUGAUCUCUUAUACGGUGUUCAAAUAAGCAACUAAUAAACAUAAUACCUAUACAUACAUAUAUACUUUUCACCUUGCAACUUUUCGUUACCGUUAGUCGAAUCGAGAGUUUAUCUCUACUGCUUCAGGAUGAGAUAUUCACAAAUGUCAUGUACAACUGAAUUUGGUCCCGACUCGGGAGGCAGAGUAAAGGGUGUGACUAUUGUUAAGCCAAUUGUGUAUGGUAAUAUUGCACGCUAUUUUGGCAAAAAAAGGGAAGAAGAUGGCCAUACCCAUCAGUGGACGGUUUACGUCAAGCCCUACAACAAUGAGGAUAUGUCGGCUUACGUUAAGAAAAUUCAUUUCAAACUCCAUGAGAGUUACAACAAUCCAAAUAGGAUAGUGACAAAGCCACCCUACGAAUUGACGGAAACUGGCUGGGGAGAAUUCGAAAUUGUCAUCAAAAUUUAUUUUCAUGAUCCCAACGAAAGACCUAUCACGGCCUACCACGUCUUAAAAUUAUUUCAAACGUCACCUGAUGGCCAAGUCAUAAAAAAGAGCUUGGUAUCCGAGUCGUACGAUGAAAUCAUAUUUCAAGAUCCUACCGCUCUCAUGCAACAUUUGUUGAACUCAACAAAACCACUGACCAACGGUGUCUGGCGACAUGAAACUGACUUUGAAGCUAAAAAAGAACAAGCUCUCCAGGAAAUAUUAGAUGCUAAGACUAAGAUAAAAAACGAGAUCGUAGAGUUUAAAGAAAAAUUGACACUAGCAAAGGAAACAAUUGCUAAGUUUAAAGACGAAAUAGCAAAAAUUUCGAAAAACAGUGGAGCUUCUACUGUAACUUGA